CCUCACCUUGCCCGAGCUCUUUCUGUCUGCUACCUUCUCCAACUUGGUCAUUCUCAGCCUUGCUCGACUGCACGGGAGACGCCCAAAACACGCAGUCAUGUCCCAGCCGAACCCUACCUAUGAUUCCCCCUUCGACUAUACUCUGGGCACUCAUCAUAAUUUGUUCGAUUCGCACUCAUCCCAAGUUCAUAGCCCAAGCUACCAGCAGCACCAGCACCAGCAGCAAUGGAGCCAACAAUCUGAAUCAAGACCUGCUGGUCCUGCUCCCAGCCCCUCACCUUCUCAGCAAACUCCGGUGAGCGCUUCAAGUACAAAUCCCUUGAAACCCCAUGGCAUGAGCAUGCCGGCUUCUUUCCAUCUCAAGGACCACAUCGAACACAACAAUUCUUUACUGGCUGUUCCUCAGCUAGGGCGCACCACUCCUGGCAGCAUCGAUCCUUCAUACUCCGCUGUAUUCGGAGGCAUUCACGAUCCGCCAUGGAGCGCAGUUCGCUUGAGAAACAACAGCUUUCCGAAUGGAACAUCUCUUUUUUCUCAUCCAGACCCCAACUACACCACCUAUAGAGAUGGUCCUCCGUCGGAUUUAGGUAGUGGCGCACCCAGAUCCGACUCUGGCUAUCAAACUCAGUACGCACCAUCCGUCACCAUCGAGCCCGAACGUCCGGGUCAGGACAUCUCUCCCCAAAUUUCUAUCGGCAUGGGCAACAUGACUGUCGCCUCUUCAAUUAGCGAACCAACCGAAGUGAUUCCCAUGUCAUCCGAUCAAGCUUCCCAGUGGAGUGGCCGGAGCGGGAGCGUUGGCAAAUCCACUUUCUUUUGCUCCGUUUGUAAGGAGGUGUCAAAAUGUCCAUCCGACUACAAGAAACACCGACUGAAGCACGAUAAGCCACACGUGUGCAAUGUACAUGGUUGUCGCCGAGCUGCCAUCGGUAGAGGAUUUACUACCAAAAACGACCUCGACCGGCACAAAAAGAGUGUUCAUCGCGUAGGGGUAGAGAAAGGAUCAUAUCAAUGUGCAUCUGAGCAUUGUCGGAACAAAGGCAAGAUCUGGCCGCGUCUGGACAACUUCAAGCAGCAUAUCCAUCGCAUGCACAAAGACGAGGAUGAGCACGAUCUUGUUACCAGGUCUGCUUACCGAGAAUCGUAUGCCCCCAAUGGUGAGUCUUUCUCCGUGGCUCCUCUGGAUACCGCGCUUGCCGGCAUUGGUACGGACAAGCAGUUUUCCGGUAAAGAUCUCGAUGAUCCUACAUCCGGUAUGAGUUUAACCCCAGACCAGAAAUCUAGCCGGUGGAACUCGUUCGAUGCCACGGCCCGUGACUUCGCCUUAGACGUGGAUCGAGCAAACGACGAUCCACACGAAACCGUCUCCGCCAAGGCAAGCCGCCGCGCUAGGUUGGAACCGUCCCAUGGUAAAAGUCGUGCCUCGCGUUCAUAUUCCGGAAAUGGGGCACGAAGACGACAGGAUUCCUUAAGGAUGCUUGCCGACGUCGCCGGUAUUACGGGAUCUCGCUCUCAGUUGUCCAGUGCUCCACAAACUAAGGCUGAACAGCAGCGGCAAGUCCUCCAACAACUAUCCAAGACUAUCUCGGAUGAUUUACCAAGUGGAUCAUAUAUGGAACAUGCCGAUCUGGAGAAAGUCGUCUUAAAAGUGCUCCGUGAUGCAACAGGUCAAUCGUCAAAAGAAUCACUGCUGGAAAAUUCAAACCACUCAGACUCACCGUCCAUCUCCGAAAUUCAAGAUAACUCGAUCGUUAUAACGGAAGCUGAAAUGCUUAAAGCAUCGAGGGAUAUCUCCGACCUCAUCAAAAAGAGUCGCCGCCCUCGACCCGAUUCCUCGUCCCGCCGUUCGUCCAAAGCGUCGCCUCCGCACAGGUUCCCGUGUGACCGAUGCGAUAUCACCGUAUCUCGCUUGUGUGAUCUGAAAAAACACACGAAGCGGCAUACGAAGCCUUACGGAUGCACAUAUCCAAAGUGCUUCAAACGCUUCGGUGCCAAAUCAGAUUGGAAGCGUCACGAGAACAGUCAGCAUUAUCAACAGGAAGUCUACCUUUGCCAUUAUCCAUCUACUGUGCCAUCCCUUACUCCUUCGACUGAGCCUUUCACCCCAUGCAAUGAGCUGUAUUAUCAUUCGAAUCAAUUCCGCGCUCAUCUUGAGGAGGAACAUAAGAUUUCUGAUCCCCAGAAGCUCGAGAGAGACCUCAGAGAAAGAAGAAUCGGAAUGGGAAACCAAAGGAGAUUCUGGUGCGGCUUCUGCAAGACCAUUGUGCCGCUCAGAGAAAAGAGAAAUGCGGCGUGGGAUGAACGCUUCGACCACAUUGACAACCAUUUCAGCAAAAAAGAACAGAGGAUCGAGGACUGGACUUGCCUAGAAGCUGGAAAAGCUAAAGGUGAACUCCAGAGGCAAUUAUAUGAGAGAAGUCUCGAUGACGACGGCGAUGGCGACGCUGAUGACGAUGGCGAUGGGGAGGAUCUCGACGCGGAAGGCGUCCCGGAUGAUAGUCCUCCAGCGUUCCUGACUUUCGAGACUCCCCUUGCCGACGUGCUUCCUGUUACAGAGCCCUUCCAAGUAUCUGUAGCCGGUGAUGUAUCCUAUCUCGAUGCCAAUGCACCUGGUUUUGGGGCGCAGUCAUUUCUCUCCAGCUCGAGAAAGCGGCAGGUGUCCAUGGAAGAACAUAUGCCUUCUCCGAUCCCAAAGAGGAGGAAAGGUGAGCUAGACCUCUAUUGUUGUUCGUGCGAAAGUGCACCAUGGUCUCUGCAUACUUCCGUGAAUUGUGUUCGUGGCAAUCACCAUUUGUGCAAUAGAUGUACAGCUGUCAUUGCGGAUGUGGAUGGUAGUUUGAUGAUGGGAUGCCCAUGA